AUGAUGAAAAUUUGGAGAUUUAUUCACAUGGCGUGUCUAUUUACGUCUGUGGUUUGCUGGAUUGGAAAAUUCAAAAACGUGUCUGACGUUGCCAGACAGUAUAUAGACUUUUGCGGAGUCAACACACUCUGUUCCGAAAAUAACGGUAAAGACGAAAUGUUUGAGAACUUGAUAGAUGAGAAGUUUUCAACAAUUUGUCCUUCGUGUUCGUGUGUCAAAGAAUGCUUCAUACUUGGAAACUGUUGCCCUGACAUUGCUCUUACUACUUGUAUUCAAACAAAACAUCAAAUUCAUGACUUGAACAACGUUAGCGAUGCUUUUCACAAUGUUUUGUCACGUUGUCCAAUGGAGAAUGGAGUAAGCGAACCUAAGCCCUGUUUAUUUUCUUUUACCUUCACGAACUUCUGGACUCAAAUACCUGUUACAUCAAUGAAAACCGGAAUAUCAUACGCAAGUAAAACUUGUGCCGGAUGUCAUGGAGAAAACCAAACUCUUCCGUGGUCAUUCGAUGUUUCCUGUCCAAAUAUAUCGAUAGACCCGAGCGUUUUUUCGGAUUUUUCCGAAUUAAUGUUAGGAAUGCAGGAAAGGCGUUGCACUGUUAAUCUUAAACCACCUUUGAAUUACAAGGCGCAAUCCUGCAACAAAGAGACGGUCAUUAGUAAAUGUAAUGUCACUGGACUGUGGAACAGACGAGAUGAGGACUUGGAAACCGCCUGCCUAAACUACUGGAGACCAUACGGGGCUUUUCAAAACGUUUUCUGCUUCCUUUGCAAUAUUGAUGCUGCGAUCAGAGAACAGUUUUCAUCGAAACAGAAAGUAAACGAAAGUUUUUCCCAUGAAGACGAAAAUGGAAAAAGUGAUAUCAAAAAUGAGAAAUGUAUGCAAAGAGAAUCCCAUGAAUGCUUGACACUGACAGAUGCAGACAUAAUUUUAUCUGAAAGUUAUGAAUCCGAAAAUGGCGAUUAUAUAGCAAAUAUCGACUUCUUUACUAGCAAUUUGCCUAUACAAAUGCAAGAGAUUAUCCUUUUAAGAAACAUUUCAAACACAACUAGUGGAGACAAACCUAUCGAUCUGAAGUCUUUAUAUAUGGAAUACCUCAGUUCUGGUGGCUAUCAAGACUGGUGCAAUGAAGACCAUAAACUAGAGAAAAUCUACCCGGCAUUGAGGGGAAAGAGGACCUGCUCAUGUGCGCAAGACUGUUAUCUGACCAUGUCAUGUUGUCCAGAUGCUGCGUAUCACCACAGAUGGUCCUGUAUUCUUCCAACAUUGGGGAAAACCCCCCAAAACGCUUUUAUUCAGCCCGUUUUUCUUAUUAGUAGAUGCCCAGUAGGAUAUAAAGAUGAAUUUGUAAAAUUUAGUUGCGAAGAGUCGGACGAUUAUGACACUCUUCACAUACCAGUUAUCAAUGUACGGGAUAAAAAAGUCUACAAAAAUUCAUAUUGUUUUCUGUGUAGCGACAAAACUGAUGUUAUCAAUAACAGCAUUGCAUACAUGAAACCGUGGAACGUAUCGUUUGUUUGUCCACAGGUGUUUUUCCCUAAACUUUUUAAGUCGAUGAAAUCCAUUUUUGACUAUGCUGAACAAAUUAACUGUUUUAUAAACUUUAAAACUAGUUUUCAAAUCGACACAUGCAAUGUUAAACCAACGAUUAAUAGAUGCAACGCUACCGGGCUAGCCACAACUGUAAGUAAAAACUCAUUUGCUCUUUGUGAAAAUCCUACGAUGAAUAUAAUGGCACAGUCCAAAAAUACAAUGUACCGAAAUAUCAUUUGCGAUUUAUGCAAUAGUGAUUUUUUGGAGGAACCGAUAUCCCAAUGCAAUGUGACAGGUAACUGGACAAUAGAUAUAGUAAAUGUAAGGAACGGAGCCAUUUUCUACAAGUUCCGCUGCGCUGUUGAUUUACUUGACCCAAUGGAAUACCCCUUUAAGAAUGCAUUUUGUAGAACUUGUAAUAAUAUUGCACCACCUGAAGAUGUAGACAGGUCCAUGUAUCUUGCGGGGGACUACAAAACAUCUUAUAGACAGCUAUUUUCAAUAUUAGAAGUCCCAAGACAAGACAAAGCAGUGAGAGCAGACUUUUGCAAUGCGGAGGAAAUGUAUGACCCUUAUAAGAAAAAAUGCCGAAAAUUAAGAUGUUCACUUGGAAAGUUUUUGCGUCAUGGUGUUUGUAUUCCUUUAAUCAACGAGGUCGAAACACUCCAGUAUGCAUUAGCGUUUAAGGCCCUUAUUACAUACGAAUUAGUAAGUCUUAACGGACUAUAUUAUAUGCUAUAUAAUUUUAUCGAGUAUCUCCGACUAGACAAUACAAUGUUGCUGAUGGACAGCCUGCAGACGCAUUUCUACGUGCGUAAACCUUGUCAGUUCGUAAGAAACCCCGACUUAAAUUCUACUACGGAAGCUUUAGUUUAUAUUGAAAUUAAAAUCCGUAGAUUUGACGAAAAAGAGAAAUUAAAUAGGACGGAAAUAGAAAACAAAUUGUUAAAUUUUACAGAAUGGCAAACCCAAAUUGGAGGUAACAGUAUUCAAUUCGAAGAAAGUGUAGAAGCCUGGUAUUUACCACUUCGAAAAAGAAUGACUAAUUCACAAAAGGAGUGUGUAGUCCAUAAAUACCAGAUCGUAGAAAGUGUCUCUUAUGAAAGUUUUCACACUUUUGACGUUAACAAACUAUUGGUAUGUUCCCAAAUAGAGCUAGAUUCAAGUGAAUAUGAAUUUGGUAAUAAUCGCUUAGAGGUAUUCUUACCCGAAAUAGAACGGAACUUCUUCGUCAAUGAAUUCGUUGAAAAUAACGACGGCACGAUUCAAAUAUGUGCAGAUUCAUACAUCUUCAUUUCAUCAGAAACAACCACGGCCUUGCAGACAGUUCUAACUAUCGUAACGUUGGUUGUUACCAUUUUGUCCUUGCUAUGUUCCUUGAUAACUUUCGUAACUUACUGUACAUUACCGGUUUUGCGUACAGUUCCUGGCAAAAACAUCAUGUGUUUCUCGUUUUCUCUGCUCUUUGCCCAGUUACUGUUUUUAGUUCGUUCUUAUAUCAGCAACAAUCUGGGAUGUGUUUUGGUUGGUAGUCUCACCCAUUAUUUCUGGAUCUCGGUCUUUGUUUGUACAAACGUGUGCUGUUUCCAUAUGUUUAAGUUGUUCGUCGGAAGUUCACUGGUCCAAGGCGAUAGGUCGAACGAAUGGAAGCUUAUUUGCCGUUACUGUUGCAUGUCAUAUGUUUUACCAAUUCUACCAGUUGUUAUUAACAUCUAUUUCAGUCAUGAACAAAUACACGUGGAGGGUAAUAACUUUGGAUAUGGGGGGAACAAGUGUUUUCUCGUUAGUUCUUUAGCUUUACUUCUAACUUUUAUAGCCCCAAUAGCUCUGCAGAUAUUAUUUAACAUAAUUUUGUUUUCUAUAACCUUUCACUUUAUCCGAAAUACACCAAAGGUUCAAAGUUCACAGGACAGGGACGAUUUUUCUAUAUUCCUCAAGCUGUUUUUGUUGACUGGAAUUUCUUGGCUUUUUAUGGUGGUAGACGGGUUUUUCGAAAUGUCUCUUUUCAGCUUUCUGGUAACGUUUCUAAAUGGGUCUCAAGGUGCUUUUCUUUUCUUUUCGUAUAUAUGCAACAAAAAGGUCUGGAUUUUGUUGAAAAAGAAAUUUAAUAAGGCCCCUCCUCAGACAACUUUCAAAAGCGAGUCAACAUACACUAGGUCGAAUCGGGACUAUAAGGCGCAUUCAAAUUACUCAGAGGUCACCGUGGCCACGGAUACAUUAGGGGUAACUCAAACGACGAAUGGUUUAAAUUCAAUUUAAUUGAAUCUGAGGUUUUAGUUGCAUAAUUUACCGACAUUCAAUUUUUUUUUAAAUGAACGUCAGAAUUAUAGAACAAAACUCGGAUCCGCUAUUUUUUUUUUUCAAUUAGGAAACAAUACUGAAUCUUAUUAAACAUAUCAAGGUUGUUGUAGAAUUUCACGCACAGAUAAAUUGACACUCACAUUUAGAACCAUUUUAACAAGAGCUUGGAUUUUGGGUAGUUGUGUCAAUCGGCAAUGUGAUGUAGGCCUGUCUAUUUCAUUGCUGGCCACUCAGUAAUGGCUCUUUGAAAUCAACAAGAUUUGUCUGGCUUUUGAGCGAAGGUUACGCAAUCGGUGUAUAUUUCGCUUGAAACCAGCGUCAUUUUAACUUGUUUUGACGCAAGAAAUAGAUAUUUACAUCCUACUGAAAGUCCAAGGACUUGUUACAAUGGUUCUAAUUAUAAAUGCAACAUGACGGUUUCAUAAAACAUAGGAUGAGCAAUUAAGUUCAAUUAAAUUUAUUUAUUAACUCCAUUCUGUGCUUCUGGUGAUGAUUUGUAAGAAAGUUUUCGAAAAAGUUUCAACUGUCGGUAAAUCGUGCAACAAAUAUGGUACGAAAGAUUAAGUGCAUAAAAAACACAUGUACAUGUAUACAAACGGUCUGAUUGAACAGAGCUUGGUCAUUUUGCUAAAAACAGACAAUCUGAAUCAACCUGAAUAUAUUUUAGUUAUGAAAACGCAGAUUUGAGCGUACGUGUACGUGCUUCUGCGGGUGGUCUGCGGGCGGAUUUAUGUUAAUCUUGCGAGACACGAAAGUGCAUUUUACGAAUUUGUAAGGACGUACGCUUCUCUUAAGCAAACACGAUAGCUGUUGGACAAACACAACAUUAACAAUCACUACGGUUUUCUUGCGAUAUCUGAAACGUACGCGACAGUUACGUUUUACUCAAAAAACCUGUAAGAUAAUCAUACGGUUUGAUAUGCACGAAUGACCGGGCCCAUAAGUCAAGUCUUUUGUUAUAUACAAUUGAUCCUUUGAUGAAAAAUCUUUUGUCGCACUGUAUUUAACAAAAAUUGUAUGUACGUUGUAAGUUGUAGCCUAAACCGAUUAAGUGUAUAAAUGUCACGUUGAGUCAGUUCCAUAUAACAUGUAUUAUAUUGUAUAAAAUUACUGUACCGUAUACAUGUAUUAUAAUUCUGUAAACAGUGCUACAUUUAUCAUGUGUUGUAUUUCGUGGUGCUUUGAUUUCAUUAGGAAUUCUAUUUAUGAUCACGUCAUAUUUGACGAUUAACUUAAAUAUUUCCUCCCCAAUUUCAACAAUGGAUUUAUUUCUCGCACAUCUCAACUUACAUUUUUUUAGAUUGUUAUAUUAUACAGUUUUAUUACAAUAUUCAACUGUUAAUCCAAAAACAUCGCCUUCAAAUUAUGAAUUUGUCGCAACAAGAUAUUAGACGAUCCAGCUAUGUACAUGUAUAUCUAUGAUUAUAUUGUUACAAAUAUUAUUGUAUUGUAUUGUAUUGUAUCGUAAAACCGUCCCUAGUAGACACCUUCAUGUACUUAUAUGUUGAUUUAUAAACUAUCUUUCAGUAUUGUUAAUUUUUUUCGUUUAUUUUCUUUAGAACUGACAGUUAUUGUCAAAAAUAGAUUGCUGUUCGGUGUUUGAUUUAUUUUUCUCGGCCGACUUUGCGACGAUAAGGUUCCCUAAUCGUCUGUCCAUGUCCGCUUUAAAUAUGAUUCCGAUGCUAAUGGCAAAUAAAUUCGUACAUGUAGUGCACUGUUCAUAGUUUAAUAAAAA